GAGUUCAGUUUUUAUUUCGAUUUACAAUUAUGGUGACAACAGACAGUGUACGGAGCAAAUUCGUUUCGGAAACGAAUCGCGAAUAUAGAAAAGAGGUUUGUCGGGUGCUAGAUCAGAAAACUUUACCCAAUUUCCAUUAUUGUCGUAAUAAAUGGCUUCCACCAAAUCCAAGGAUCAGAUGCAAGCAAAUGGACGACAAAUCCCACUCAUACGAUUGCCGAUGUCAAGAUUGCCACAGCAAACAUGGUGACCUGCCUUUGCUGGUUCAGGUCAUAGAGCAGCGGGAAUACGAAAACGAACAAAGAACACGGGCAAAAGAAGCAAUUGAGAAAACCAAGCUCUACGUGAAGCAAGAACAACAAAACUGUCAUCAAUCAACUUCCUUUGAACACGGUACAAUAAUUGCCUCAAAAUCUGUGAUAAAGAAAACCGAGACUUUUACGGAAGACGUGAUGCCAUCAACCAGUAGUGGUAUUAUUAAAACUCAAAGGUCUCCUAGUUUCAAAACUAAAAAAGAGAUGAAAUGCUCCUACUGUUCGAAAAACUUUUCUCAUAGGGGAGAUCUGAACAAACACGUGCGUACACAUACGGGUGAUACGCCUUAUCAGUGCGAAACAUGUUGGAAAGAUUUUCGUCACAAAUCAAACCUCACGAGGCAUUCAAAACUUCAUAGCGGCUUGAAACCGUAUCAGUGUCCAAAUUGUAACAAGGAAUUUAGUAGGAAAGAUAAGUUGUCACUUCACCGAAACUCUUGCAAAUAAAUGUGAAAAUGAAAGCGGAACAUUUGGUAGUGAAUACGUAAUCAAUCUUGCCGUGAUCUUGCCACUAGUACAAUUGAUGUGAUAUCUUCUAUUGUAAUUUCCUAAGUACAUACAUGAACAGAUACGUGUUUCCUUCAGAUUAAUUUCAUGUUAACAGAAUGAUUUAAAUGUUUAGUUAGGCACAAAAGCAAAGUUUAUUUUCAUCUUCCAUAUUUAUCAAUUUUUUAUCAUAACGAAAUUCCAGAGAAUGUCCCUAUUUGUGAAUAACUUUUAAAACAUAUUAUAAAUAUGAAAUAUUUCAGUUAACACUAGAUAUCAUUAACUAAAUGGUUAUUAUAUCAACCUGCUCUGAAGGUGUUUCCCCUAUUUGAUCGCUAGUUUAUCGGGACUGCCAAAAGUGUACUGUUCUAAGGUUGCUUAAGAACUUUUUGGAAUCUUUUGGUCAUAGGGGAUCGAUUAAAAAAUAUCGAUUUUACCUUUCUCUUUAUAAAUAAGAAAAUGUAAAACUUCCAACUUUUCCUACAAUACCGCGUGACUUACGUAUAAUCUAUAAUGGAUUAUAAAAUCCGUAGAAAUGGUAAUUGAGGAUUAUUUAGUUUGGUUUGACCCACAACAGAAGAUAGCCGACAUGACAAAAUUUAUUAAAAAAGUGACAAAAACAACUCUGAAAUAUUUGUGCCUUAACUUAAAUAAUCUAUAAUUUAUAUCUAAAAAGCAAUCAAAUUAAUAGUUUCGGAAAUAUUCCAUAUUAAUGUCAUAAGUUGCCAAUUACAAUUUUUAUAUGUUAUUGAUAUGAUAUGAAUAAUUUAACGAUUUUUAUUGCUGUUACAAAAAAAUUACAUAAAGCUUAUAAUAUUUAGAUCUUUCUUUAUCUAUUUGUAAG